GUAGCGUCAGCUGCUGUUGAAAGUAAAUAUGGGUGAAUACAAAGUCGGACUUUUCGGAUGCUUUAGCGACAUUAAACUAUGUAUUCUAACAUUUUUGUGCCCCUGUGUUACAAUAGGGAAGGUUGCCAACAAACUUGACGAAAAAGAUGACUAUAUUCUAACGUGUCUAACGUCUCUCCUUUUUCCCUACGUUGCUACUCUACGUUGGAGAGUAAGACAGAAACAGGGAAUUGAAGGGAGCAUGCUGAUGGAUUAUGUCACAAGCAGCUUUUGCCCGUGCUGCGCGUUAAUUCAAGAUGCGCAUGAAAUGGAAAUUCAAAGUCCAACAAAUAUUAAAGAUUUGGAUAGAGCUUAAGAUGUGUUUUUGUUUUCUGUACAAGUUUAACUAAAAGGAUAUAUUAGAAUUUAUAAGCGUUUCAUAUUAUUUUUAUGCGUGUUUUAAAUAUGAAGGACAACAGUUUACCUUUUCAUUAAAAUUCGACUAUCACUUAUACAUACAUUAUAUAGCAAAAAAAGAUUUUGAGAAGUAGGCUGCUAUCUAUGAUUGUACUAUGAUUAAUGUUCACAUUAAGUUGACUACUAGACUCCAUAAUCUUGACAAAUUUUCAAUAAAGUCUAUAGUUUUGUGGUAAUUCUGUUUAAGUAAGUGUUUGCUUAAUAGUUAACUUUGUCUAAAAUACCUUCCUCCUCCCCGCCCCAAAGCUUUUUUUGUGCUUAGAGGUAAUCAUCUAAAAUUCUUGAGAUUUCUACCGUCGUGUACUCAUUCGUUUAUGAAAGAAGUUUUUGUUUGAAUAGCAGAAUUUUUAUCUUAGCUUUGCAACAUAAAUUUAAAAAUAGUUUAAUCGGUUUAUUAAUAGUUUAAAUAUUUUUAUGUUGACUAAAUAUACCCCUUUUAAUAUCUAUCAUACUUGUUAUUUUCAUUCAAACAAUUAGUCAUUUUUUCCGUUUCUUUUCAAGAAUUUAAGAUAGAAAUACACAGUUAUAUCGUAUGGUGUGAGGAAUAGUUAUAUAUAUAUAUAUAUACAUUAGUAUACAGUAUUCUUUAUUAGAUAAUGAUAAAUUUGAAUUAAUUCUAACUACACACUCUUUUUCUAUAUGAUAUAUUUAAGUAAAUCUAUGAUAGUCUCAUUUCCUUUUUUAUUAAACAAGGCUCUAGUUUCUGCUACAAAAUAAAUAGUAACUUGAACAAUAUAAUUGCUUGAAAAUAAGAAAGUAUUCAACUUUUAUAAUCAAUUUUUCUAGUCAGUAAGCCAGAACUUUUUAUACAAUAUGACAAUAGUAUUUAAAGAGUCUUAAGACCUGUUUGUAAGAAUAAAUAUACCACUUCUUCUCUUCUUAAAUGAAAGUAGACAUCUGCUUCGAGUGAGUGAAUUUUAGAGUUGAAGCAGCUCUUUCAUGUUUUUUAGACACCAUUACACUUGCUCUCUUUUACUUUUCAACUUUUACUUUAUGAUAAUGAAAUUCAACGCAAAUUUUUUCAAUUAAUAAAGCUUAAAAAACGACAAUAGCUUCACUUCGAUUAUGCUUAAAAAGUAAAACCGUAAAAUGUAAAAAGUAUUACUACAGCGAAAAGAAUUAACGUUAAUUGCUAAAUA